AUGUUUAAGGUAAAUCGAUCAACAGAAGACCUUCACGGGUUGGGUCAGCGAAGGAACAUAGAUCGAAGAAGAGCAAGAUCGUCAUCUCCAGUCAAAAACCGUCGCUUUCUUCCCAGCAAUUCACAGGGUGAAUUUUCACGAAGCUUAGAGGACCUUCGGUCUGUGUGCUCGGGUGGUUCUAACCUAUCGUAUGAGCAACUAAAGCUGCUUUCAAAUUCACCAAUUUCUCGAAGAUUACACAUUAAUUCAGACUCAAGCAAGUAUGUAAUUCCGAUUCCCUUCACUUUGCAAUUACCUCCCAAGUUGAGUCAAAAAAACAUCGAGAAAGAGCGUUCAAGGUCUCCUUCUCCGCUGAGACUGCCUCCAAGACGUGGAGGCACAAGUCGCAUGAAGCAAACAAAACUAAUAUAUACGGGUCUAAAAUAUGAGAAGAUAGGUUCACUGUCUGAAAGUGAGCUAGAGGAAGAAGAAAUCAAUAUUAAACUAAAUGAAAUUAGUCGCCGACCACCUCCAGUCUCGCAGAACAAGUCUAAAGCUCUGAAAUAUAUACAUAAGAGCUGCUUGUCUUCUCUGGAUGUCUUGAGUGUCAUUGAAGAGGCUUCCUUGAAUGAAAAGAGCUCACGAAGGUCGAGCGUAAAGUCAAUAAAGAGCAAGCUGUUACCUGCAUUGCCAGCAAGGCCGCUGGAAAAUAAACAACUCCCAUCGAUAGCUGGAUUGGGUGAUGCGAUCAAAUCAACUAAAAUUCCUACUAAUUAUACGUUGCCUAGUUUGCUGCUUAACAGGAGACCAUCUGGGAGGAUAGUUUUUGCGCAUACACCAACGGUAGAGCAGAACGAAAACACAAGCAGUCGUUUGAUAACUGACCCUAAUUUGGAAGAAGAGAAACCCCUCCGGCCGAUCUCAAAUCUAGUUACUAGCUUGCUCCCGAGGUCGAGAACACAAGAUAACUUGAGUUUUUUUCUCUCUGAUAAUGUACCUGUUGAGAACCGAGACCAUUACUUAAAAAUUCACAAAAGAAGCUUCAGCGAUGAGUCUUACGUAUCCUCUGCAGUGUCUUUCACCUCAGGAUGCGAAUCAAUGAGCUACAACUUAUCUAAUCAGUCUUAUGGUAACAUAGAUGCGCAAAGCGAUUAUAUCUCAAGAAAUCCUAAGAUUUUUGCCUCAUCCUAUCCUUCAAACAGAAUACAGUCCUCCAUCCCUAGUUGUGAUGAAUCUGAAACAUCCUUCACAACUGAUGAUAGUGAAUGUACUGAAAAGUCAUGGGACUCUACUAAAAAAUCAAUUAAUCUUGACAAUCGAAAUUCGGAAUUGGAUUCUACACAUGAUGAAUCAGCUCAUUUUGAUCCUGCGCAAAAAGAAUUGCCUCCUCGUCCUCAGCUGUUACAUUCUCCAAAUUCCAUAAAAAAUAUUACGAAUCUCUUUUCCAUUGAACGAACUGGUUCUGAUACGUGUGAAUCUUCGCCCAUAAAGGCAUCGAAUUCAUAUUCAAACUCAAAUUCAGCUUCAGAUUCGGAUUCAGAAAAUGAAUGCAUAACAAGAACGGUUUCCAAGCUCUACCAAUCUUCUGGAGAGCCUUUAAUAGAAUCUAAUAUCUGUGAUGACAGUUUAAACAACGGAGCCGGAAAAAUGUUUUCCUUUCCCAAUAAUAGCUCAAAUGCCACGAAUAGCGACGAGGCAAGGAAACUGCUUACAAAGGAUUCAACGUCAUCGGGGAAGGCUCCUCGCUGUUUCAAACCCGGAGGUGUAAUAGUGAUACCUGAUUUGGAAGAGAUAAGGUUAUCAUCUCAUAAAAGCUUAGGUCCUAGCUGUUCGCAUAAUGGGAUUGCAUUCGAUGAUAUACCUUCAGAAUCCUCAAAAACAGAAGAGAGUAGUGGCUCUUCAGAUUGUGAAAGCGAAUUGGAGCCUAUUGGAGUACCUACUAGUGCCGCAAAAAGCGUUAUACAAGACCAAUUUAAGUUGGUUACAAAUGCGGAGUCUGACACUGACUCAGAGCCGGCAAAGGUAUCAUUGUAUUCCGAUGUGUUAAUUUCGAGAUCAACUCCAAAUUUGCUACUAGACGAUAAUAAGCACAAGCCUGCCGCCAAAUCAUUUGAAAAUUCAGUUGCUAGAGAUAAAAAUUAUUCACCAGCUUGCUCAAAACACAGACGACGCAAAUCGAUGUAUAGUAUUGACUUUUUUCCGGAAAACGACAACAGAAACGAUGAUUUAACAGCAUCGGCGACAAGUGCUCAUGUGAAAUCAAAAUCUGUCGACUUCGCUUUGUUGAAUGAAGAGUUAAGUCUGCUCAAAUGUGAUUCAAAACCUAGUAGGAGCAUGUCUAAUGAUCAGAAGCCAGUUGAUAAUGAGAUAUAUCCCUUAAAAAUUAAUAUUGCAGAGCCCCCAUCUAAGGUUGAUUAUGCAAUUGAUUUUAAUGAAGCGGAAGAUCUCACACAAAGAUCGGCCGAUAAUAUGAGUGAAAGAUCUAAUGAUAUCAAAUUACGUACAAAGACCAAAUCACAUAAUCCUAGUAGUUUUGGGAAAUUUGAUCACUUUAGAAAAGACUUGAAUAAAGCCAAAAGAAAAUCCUCAGGAGGAAAUCAAUCUUCAACGUCAUAUUCCAGCUACCAGUCAAGUAGAAGUCUUAUGGCAAGUUCUUUAACUUCUCUCUCCGAUAAUAAUAGCGUCGUUAUUGAUUUAACUAAAGAGAAAUAUGACAUAUGUACAAUCCAAAGGAAUAAUUCUACUCAAUCUUACAAAUCUGUUACUGAAAAAACGAAGGAUGGAAAACAUAUUGAAGUUGUUCUAGUAGAUGAGGAGGAUAGAGAUGAAUUGGAAAGCAUUUAUUCUAAAUACCUCAAAAGUUCGUGGUUAAAAAGAGCAGAAUCUAUGGUAUCUCAAUCCUCAGUAGCUAGUUCUGUUUCUUUUGAAAGCAAAGCUGACUCAACUUCGCAACUAAAAUUAAAAGACAGAGAUGAAUUGGUUGCAAAAUAUAAAAAGAGUCUUCAAGAUCUCCGAGCAAAUUAUGGUGCAUCGAGUUUGAAAAAAAAUAAUUCAAAUAGAACUUCAAAUGUCACGAGCAGUUCCCUAGUUAGCUCGGCAGCUAAAAAAUUGGCGCAUACUCCUAAUGGCAGAAAGGUCUCACUGGAGAUUAUGAAGCAUGAAAGAAAAGAGCUGAAUUUGGUUGCCGAAGAGACAAAAUAUUUUGAUUUUUCAAAAUCUAACUAUGACUUUAGUUCUUUUAUGGAGCAAAGACAAAAUGAUUGA